CACAGCUAUCUGAUCUAGCAGACGUGUGUGAAGUUUGACAACACGUGGUUUGAUCGUGAAAUAACACGAACCAUGCGUUUCUCUUAUAAUUUUUCCCAGUUAUUGGGAACAGUUUAUCGAAAAGGAAAUAUAAUAUUUUCACAAAAUGGUGACAGUGUUCUCGCGCCUGUGGGUAACAAGAUAUCAGUCUACGACUUGAAGAACAAUAAAUCAGAGACUCUGCCGAUUGAGAGUCGAUACAAUUAUACAGCCAUCGCAUUGUCACCCAACGGUGUAAUUUUGAUAGCCAUUAACGAAGACGGUGAGGCCGAUGUAAUCAGUCUUCUCAACAAGAUCAUCAUUCACAAAUUUCGCUUCAAUCGCCCAGUGUUGGCUGUAAAGUUCAGUCCAAAUGGCAGGUUUUUUGCACUCACAAAAGAAAGUGAUUUAUUGGUCUAUCAUUCUCCCGGAACAAAAAGAGAAUACAAUCCCUUUGUCUUGGAAAGGAAAUUUCACGGCUUUUUUGAUGAAACAACCUGCCUUGAUUGGUCCUCAGACUCCAGGUUCCUAAUAGUUGGAUCCAAAGAUAUGUCUGCACGGGUUUUUUCAAUAGAAAGAAUUUUGCAUUUCAAGAAAUUCCUUUUGGGUGGUCAUACUGAUGCUGUUGUUGGUUGUUUCUUUGAACGGGAUUCCAUGGAUGCUUACACAGUUGCUAAAAAUGGAUCAGUGUCAGUUUGGGAGUUCAGCCAUGACAUAGAUAGUCUAAAAAAAGUUGAAGAGCUUCCCAGGAAAAAGGCUCCUGAAACUGAAGGUGCUGAACAAAUGGAAGAAGAAGACCAUGAAGAAGAUGAUGAUCCUACCGAUCCUAAAAGCAAACCCAAGGAGGAUGAAAAAGAAGAAAAGGAAAAUUAUUUCUACAAGCGAUUGGCCAGGCAUUUUGUUUCAGAAACAUUCAAAGGAGAGAAAGGUGUUUCGAUAUAUAAUAUCAACGUGACCGCAGCCGCCUACAUGCCGUCCACCAAGUUGCUAGUCACCGGCUACAGCCAUGGCGCCUUUUUGUUGCAUGAAAUGCCCGAAUUCAAUCUGAUUCAUUCAUUGAAAAUCUCCAAGCAAUUGAUCAGCUCUGUGGCCAUAAAUCCGACAGGUGAUUGGAUUGCACUCGGUUGCGCUGAUUUGGGCCAGCUCUUGGUCUGGGAAUGGCAGAGUGAAACAUACAUUAUGAAACAGCAAGGCCAUUUUGACACAAUGAGUUCAGUUGCCUAUUCUCCUGAUGGAUCCUACGUAGCCACUGGUGGUCGAGAUUCAAAAGUCAAAGUGUGGGAUACCAAUACUGGUUUUUCGUUUGUGACGUUUACCGAACACACAUCGACGAUCACGGGCGUUGCGUUUACUCAGACGGGUCGAGCUCUGCUGUCAUCUUCGCUGGAUGGUACAGUCAGAGCGUUCGAUAUGGCUAGAUACAGAAAUUUCAGAACGUUUACGUCGCCCAAACCUGCACAGUUUUCCUGUCUAUCUAUUGACGUUAGUGGUGACUUGGUCGCAGCCGGUGCACAGGACACAUUUGACGUCUAUCUGUGGUCUCUUCAAACUGGCAAAUUGCUGGAAGUAUUGAGCGGUCAUGAAGGACCAGUGAGCAGUUUAUGUUUCAGUCCUAGUCCCUCAAGCAGUCUGCUGGUGAGUGUGUCAUGGGACAAAACUUUGAGAAUCUGGGAUGCUGUUUCUUCGGCCGCGUCACUUACGCGGGAGACCGUCAACUUGACUUCAGAUGGAUUAGCGGUCUGUUUCCGGCCUGACGGGAAACAAGUGGCCGUGGCAACUUUAGACGGACACAUAUCCAUAUUUGAUCCACAGCAGGCGACGCAAUUGUUGACGAUUGAAGGACGCAAUGAUUUAGGCAGUGGGAAAUCCGACACUGAUUUAGUUACUGCAAAGAAAAAUUUGCAGGGGAAAGCGUUCAAUACCCUUUGUUACACGGCCGAUGGCGAAUGCCUGCUAGCGGCUGGGCAAUCUAAAAACAUUUGCAUCUAUCAGGUACUAACAUUCUCGAGCAAAAGCCAGAAAUUGGUACUGGUUAUUAAUUUUGUUCUUUCAUUUCAGGUGAUGGAAAAGAUUUUGGUUAAGAAAUAUGAAAUCACGCAAAACCGGUCUCUGGAUGCGAUGGACGAUAUCAUCAACCGCAGAAAAAUGACCGAAUUUGGCAAUAUGGCUUUAAUUGAAGAGCGUGAAGAUAGCCGCAACGGCCCUGUGACGCUUCGACUCCCUGGUGUCCGGUCAGGAGACAUGGCCUCGCGAUCCUUCAAACCAGAAGUCCGUGUUUCACAGUUACAGUUUUCACCAAACGGACGGGCGUUUGCUGCCACGACCACAGAAGGACUACUUGUCUACUCUCUCGAUACCAACCUCGUCUUUGAGCCUUUUGAUUUAUCAGAAGACAUCACUCCAAAGACCAUCCGGAACGCCCUAAAAUCUAAGGACUACAGCCGAUCUUUUGUUAUGGCCCUGAAACUCAAUGAGUCUAAAUUAACGAGAGAGGUGUACGAAACGAUACCUCCCGAUUCGAUCGCCAUUGUUGUCCAAACGCUUCCGUCUUCUUAUGUCGAGCGCGUCCUAACGUUCAUUGUCAAUCAAAUGGACACCACACCUCAUAUCGAGUUCCACCUGAAGUGGAUGGUUGCCAUCUUCUACGAGCAUGGUACCGUUCUGCAGCAAAGGACACCUUCCACUGUGUCUGUCCUCCGCUCUAUCCAGAAGACAGUGGGCCGCAAAUUCGAGGAUCUUUCCAAGAUCUGCCAACACAAUCGUUACACCCUUCAGUACCUUUUAGCCCUAGGUGGUACCGCCCAAAAGCGAACAGUUGGUAGUAUAAUGAGUAUCGAAGAUGGGGAUGAAGAAGAUUCAGAUGAGGAUGAAGGAGUGGAUGAAGAAAUGGAGACGUAAAGGUCAACGAAUGCAUCGUGUUUAAAAAAGAAUUUCAAAAUAAAACGAAAAGAGUUACGUCACA